ACAGGACCUGCCCACCCUCCACCCCUGACACCAUGACCCACUCGUGCUGCUCCUCUUGCUGCCAGCCUACGUGCUGCAGGACCACCUGCUGCCGGACCACCUGCUGCCAGCCCAGCUGCUGUGGGUGUAGCUGCUGCCAUCCUUGCUGCUGCCGAGCUUGCUGUCACACCACCUGCUGCCGGACCACCUGCUGCCAGCCCAGCUGCUGUGGGUCUUGCUGUCACACCACCUGCUGCCGGACCACCUGCUGCCAGCCCAGCUGCUGUGGGUCCAGCGGCUGUGGACACAACGGCGGUGGGUCUAGCGGCUGUGGGUCGAGCUGCUGCCAGCCUUGCUGCUGCCCAACUUGCUGUCACACCACCUGCUGCCGGACCACCUGCUGCCAGCCCAGCUGUUGUGGGUCCAGCGGCUGUGGGUCCAGCGGCUGUGGACAAAACUGCUGUGGGUCCCGCUGCUGCCAGCCAGGUUGCUGAACCCCCGUGUACUGCACGAGAACCUGCUACCACCCCACCUGCUGCUGCCUGCCUGGGUGCCUAGCCCAGGGCUCUGGAUCCUGCUGCCAGCCUUCCUGCUGCUGAUUGCCUCGCCAAGAACCACCAUCGGACUUGCCACUUGGGAAUCGGUCACUGCCACGCGUUGCGGAAA